UUUUUUUUUCUGUAACGAUGUGCUAAAAUCUCUCCUGCAGACCGGUAAGUACGGCUUUCUGGAUCCUUUUGUCUUCGCGUAGGGUCAGAGACACCCCCUCUCCCCAAAAGGAGAUAUAAUAACCCCCUUUAUUUAUUAUUAGUAUUAGCAUUAUUAUUGCUAUUAUUAAUAUUUUAUUACAGAAGAGAAAGAACUUAAGUGGCUAUUUUUGCAGAGGAGACAGAGAGACUGAUACUGCAAUAGAGCUCUCAUCUCUCUCCCUUCUCCCCAAUUAGAUGCUGGCUUUAAUUGCAGAGGGUAUUUCUCUUUUCAUGCUUCCAACCAUCUCUUUCCCACAGGGGAGGGUUUCAUUUGCAAGUUGAUCCGAAGGAUUUCUUCUCCUUUGGCAUUUCUCUCUUCGAAACGCAUCUUUCUGCUCUUAAGUUUGGGGACGGGGGGUGGGGGGGGAGUGGGGGGGCAAAACGUUCCAGUUCUCACGCGUGGAAGGCAAAAAGGACCUUUUCUGUUGGGAGAUUAAGACUAAAAGCAGUGAUUGCUCCAAAUAAUUCCAACGGGCAUUUCAGGGAUUCAAGGAAGGCUGCAUCACCGCCGCUAUUCUCGCCGCCCUUAGCAUUUGCUCUGUGCCCAUACAUUUAAAAUAUCGGGUGGAAGGAUGGGGGAAAUGGUAUGUUGAAGGAGCUGCAUCUCAUUAGUACAGUAUUAUUUUCAUCUGAUUGGAGAAGAACGGUGCCUUCAUUCGGAAGCGCAUAUAGUAGGAUAGAUAAUUUACCGGCUGGUAAGUGCCAAGGCAUUUUCUCUUCCACUUUCAGCUUUCUAACCGGGUCUCCUGCUUGGUGCUGGGGCACAGAACAGCCUACCCCGAGGCAGGCUGAGCGCUCCAUCCUGGCUGCCUCCGAGCUGUCACUUCCCCUUAGAUCUGCUGAUCGCAUGGGCAUGUGCUUUAGCAAGAUUAAUCAUCUCUAAACGCUUUAAUCAGCUAAAAUGACUAAUAUGUGUUUUGUAAACGUCAACAAAUGAUGAAACCUUCCUCGGCAGAGACGCUUCACAAAGGAAGGAUGUGGUGGAUAAUUCUUCUAAGCACAAUUGCUCUAGCAUGGACUACACCCAUCCCCUUAAUAGAGGACUCGGAGGAACUGGAUGAGCCUUGCUUCGAUCCAUGCUACUGUGAAGUGAAGGAGAGCCUUUUCCAUAUACAUUGUGACAACAAGGGAUUUAUAAAUAUUAGUCAGAUAACAGAGUCGUGGUCGAGACCUUUUAAACUUUAUCUGCAGAGGAAUUCCAUGAGGAAAUUGUACACCAACAGUUUUCUUCACUUAAACAACGCUGUGUCCAUUAACCUCGGGAACAAUGCACUGCAGGACAUUCAGACGGGGGCUUUUAACGGGCUCCGGGUCCUGAAGAGGUUGUAUUUGCACGAGAACAAAUUGGACAUUUUCAGAAACGACACUUUCCUGGGUUUGGAAAGUCUGGAAUAUCUGCAGGCAGAUUACAAUGUCAUUAAGCGGAUUGAAAGCGGGGCUUUUCGAAACCUAAGUAAAUUGAGGGUCCUUAUCCUAAAUGACAAUCUCAUCCCCAUGCUUCCCACCAACCUAUUUAAGUCCGUGUCCUUAACCCACUUGGACUUGCGCGGGAACAGGUUGAAAGUGCUCUCGUACCGCGGGAUGUUGGACCACAUUGGCAGGAGCCUGAUGGAGAUUCAGCUGGAGGAGAACCCGUGGAACUGCACGUGUGAGAUCGUGCAGCUGAAGAGCUGGCUGGAGCGCAUCCCCUACACCGCCUUGGUAGGGGACAUCACCUGCGAGACCCCCUUCCACUUCCACGGCAAGGACCUGCGGGAGAUCAAGCGGAGCAAGCUGUGCCCCAUGCUGUCCGACUCCGAGGUGGAAGCCAGCCUGGGCAUCCCCCAGCUGUCCUCCAGCAAGGAGAACGCGUGGCCUACCAAGCCCUCCUCCAUGCUGUCCUCCUUCCAUUUCACCGCUUCCUCGGUUGAGUACAAAACCUCCAACAAGCAGCCCAAGCCCACCAAGCAGCCCCGGGUGCCCCGGCCUCCUCCGACGCCCCGUGGGCUGUACCCUGGGCCCAACCAGCCGCCCGUGGCCGCCUACCAGACCCGGCCUCCCAUCCCCAUCAUCUGCCCCACGGGCUGCUCCUGCAGCUUGCACAUCAACGACCUGGGCCUGACGGUCAACUGCAAGGAGAGAGGCUUCCACAACAUCUCUGAGCUCCUGCCCAGGCCCCUGAACGCCAAGAAGCUGUACCUGAGCGGGAAUUUGAUACAGAAAAUCUACCGCUCCGAUUUCUGGAAUUUUUCCUCUUUGGAUCUCUUACACCUGGGGAACAACCGCAUUUCCUAUGUGCAGGACGGGGCUUUUAUCAACCUGCCCAAUCUCAAGAGCCUCUACCUGAACGGCAACGACAUCGAGCGGCUCACCCCGGGCAUGUUCCGGGGCCUGCAGAGCUUGCAUUACCUGUACUUCGAGUACAACCUGAUCAGGGAAAUCCAGCCGGCGGCCUUCAGCCUCAUGCCCAACCUGAAGCUGCUCUUCCUCAACGACAACCUGCUGCGCACUCUGCCCACCGACGCCUUUGCCGGCACCUCGCUGGCCCGGCUCAACCUCCGCAACAACCACUUCUUGGCGCUGCCGGUGGCCGGGGUGCUGGAGCACCUGCACGCCAUCGUGCAGAUCGACCUGAAGCUCAACCCCUGGGACUGCACCUGCGAGCUGGUGCCUCUCAAGCAGUGGCUGGAGGCCCUCAGCUCGGUCAGCGUGGUGGGCGAGGUGCUGUGCGCCAGCCCCGAGCGCUUGGCCCGACGCGACCUCCGCGCCCUGGAGCUGGCCGCGCUCUGCCCCGCCGCCCUCCGCCCCGCCGCCGCCGCCGCCGCUUCGCCCCCCGCCGCCGCCGCCCCUCCGCCGCCCGCCGCCACCGGCGCCGCCGCCUACGAGCUGCCCCCGCCCGGCGCCGCCGUGCCACUCUCCGUCCUCAUCCUCAGCCUCCUCGUCCUCUUUUUCUCCGCCGUGCUGGUGGCCGCCGGGCUCUUCGCUUUCGUGCUCCGCCGCCGCCGGCGGAAGCUGCCGUUCCGCGGCCCGCGGGCGGAGGCGGCCGACCUGGGCGGAGUGCCGCUGCGCUGCCCGCGGCUCUGCGAGGAGGGCGGCGGCGGCGGCGGCGGCGGCGGCGGCGGGGGCGGCGGAGGGGAGCGCUCCCCGGAGAAGGCGCCCCCGGCGGGCCACGUCUACGACUACAUCCCGCACCCGGUGACCCAGAUGUGCAACAACCCCAUCUACAAGCCGCGGGAGGAGGAGGAGGAGGCGGCGGGGGGAGGCGGCGGCGGCGGGGAGGCGGCCGAGCUGCUGCGGGGCGGCGGCGAGCGCUUCUCCCACGCUGCCGCCGCCGGAGCCGCGCAGGAACCGGGCACCAACUACCGCACUUUGCUGGAGAAGGAGCAGGAGUGGAGCCUGGCCGUGUCCAGCUCGCAGCUCAACACCAUCGUCGCCGUCCAUCCCCAGCACCCCGCGGGCGGAGGGCUGGCGGCGGUCCCCGGAGCUCCCGGGGGAGCGGGGGCGGGGGGAUGCGGCGGAGGCGGCGGCGGCGGCGGCGGGGGGGCCCCGCGGGACCGCGAGCGGCCGCCGUGCGCCGUGGGCUUCGUGGACUGCCUGUACGGCACCGUGCCCAAGCUGAAGGAACUGCACGUGCACCCCCCUGGCAUGCAAUACCCGGACCUGCAGCAAGACGCCAGGCUCAAAGAAACCCUUCUCUUCGCGGCCGGAAAGGGCUUCUCAGACCACCAAACCCCCACAAGCGAAUACCUCGAGUUAAGGGCCAAACUCCAAACCAAGCCGGAUUACCUCGAAGUCCUGGAGAAGACCACGUACCGGUUCUGAGCCGCCCCGCCGCCCGCCCGGCCCCGCCGCAUGCGAUCGAGGAUCCAGCUGUGCUCCCCCCGCCAGAAGUGCAGCGGGGGGGGGCCGUUCUCAGAUCAUUAAUCGACAAAGUGCCUUCGCAGACUUUUGCCAGCAGAUGUUAAUCAAUCAUUAUUUUUUUAUACUGAAACUGAGACUUUGACUGUGCCAUGUCUAAGGUAUAUUAUUAUUAUUAUUAUUAUUAUCGGGGAUCUUUGUACUGAUCCUGAUUAAGUAAAUGCCAUGUGUCUCUCUUUUUUUUUUUUCAUUUUUUUUUCCCCCUUUUAUUUUUGUUUUGCAGUAACUCCCUCUAUAUUUUCCCUCGGAGGGGAGGAGGGGGGGGGGAGGGAUGGAAGAUGGCAUUUCGUGGCUUGCUUCCUUCUUGCCCAUCAUGGCACAGAUUCUGUACAUUUAUUUAAGCAAGCAAGCAAACAAACAAACAAACAAAAAUUGCAAAGAAGCAAACGAGCGCAGUUUGCUGCAUGCCUGGAAACUGCAAGAGGGAAGGGAGGGGAGGGUCUUGCUCGAAUGUCUCACUCGUGUCUCUCUCCCUCGCACACACACACAGACACACACACACCCUCACCACCACCCUGCUGCCCCCUACGGGAUCACUCCCCCCCCCCCCAACGGUGCGGGGCCGCAGCCCUGGGUUGUCCCCACGUGGCCCACCCACCCCUCGAGGAUGCGCGGUGACGCUUCGUCGUGACACCAUGGUUUGUUUGGGUUUUUUUUUUUGUUCUUUUUUUGUUCUUUUUUGUUUUUUUUUUUGAGGACAUCCGCACUUUUCCUACUAAAAGCAACACGCGAACAUAUAGAAAAAAAAGGAGGAAAAAGAAAAAAAAAAAAAAAGAAAAAAAAAAAAAACAG